AUGUGGCUGUUAGAAGAAGUAAAGUGUAAGCACAAAUUAUUGUCCGUGAUCGAAGAACAGCUGUACUCGCUGCACCUACAGCUGUUAAAUCAGGUGGCCUACCAUACUUCGGCCGAGUGUAUUGUUUACGGAUGUGCGGUGAAGAAGAAUAAGUGUUGGCAAGCAGUGCUAGGAAUGAUCGAUCGAAAUUUGGCAAAGCGUGUGAGAGUGACGAAGCAAAUACAUAACAAAAAGCUGCAUUCGCUCGCUCAUGCACAAAAACCGAAGAAAACAAUAUGUUCUCCGCAAAACAUUGAAAAUUUUGUGGUGAACCUAUCGUCGGAGCAGCUAACACCAAACGAAUGCGAUCUUCUCAAUAAAGGAUUAAACUUUGCCAUGGCUCCACAGUAUGCUCCGUUGGCCGAUAUUGUCAGCAAUAUAGAAAGCGCCAUACAGUACAAUAACUACUCGUUGAAAUCUGCGCUACGUCACGAUUUGGAGCGUUGCAUCGUAAACACUGCUAGAAAACAAGACAACGUACGACAAACAACUGCCAAUACUAUAAAAGCGAUUCGCCAACUGAAAGCACGAGACGUUAUAUACUCCCGCGCCGACAAGGGAAACGCGGUGUAG